AUGCAGUACGGCUUUAUUAACACUUGUCUGAAGUCAUUGGUCAUCGACAAGUUUGGAGAAGACGCAUGGGAGAAACUGAGGUUAAUGGCGGGGGUCCAGGACACAUUCAUGACCUAUGAAAUUUAUGACGAUGUCAUCACUCUUCGUUUAGUACAAGAGGCCUGUAAUAUGUUGGAGGUCUCUUCGGAGGUGGUUUUGAAGCUGUUUGGAGAAUACUUCUUCAGCUUCUGUAAGAUGUCGGGAUAUGACACCAUGUUGCGAACGCUUGGCGGAAACCUGGUGGAGUUCAUAGAAAAUCUUGAUGCUCUGCACAGUUAUUUGGCACUAUCUUAUGAGGCAAUGAACGCUCCAUCCUUUCGUGUGGAGCGGUCAGAUGAUAGUCGCAUUCUUCUUCACUAUUACUCAGACAGGAAAGGACUCUAUCACAUUGUCCCAGGCAUUAUCGAGGCUGUGGCAAAGGAUUUCUUCGAUAGUGAAGUCACCAUGACUAUUCUGAACCAAACCGAAGAGGACGAACGCACCGGGAAGAAGGAACAUGUGGUUUUCCACAUGCUACAGAAGGACAAGGUGUCCAAAAGAAAGUCUCAUCCAAGACAGAAGGUAAAUGAAAAGGAGAUUGAGGUGUUGGAACUCAAAACUGAGAAGGAUGCCACAAUGCUGAAGAUGAAGGCCCGGAAUGCCAACCUGCAGCUUUGUCCAAGGAAACGAUCUCCAUGGGAGAUUGUGAGGAGCAUUGUCAUACUGGGCCAAGGCAAUCUGCGAAACUCGUUCACCCCCUGCUACCCUAACAGACUGUGGAUUGACGAGCGAGCAUUCUGUAAUGCUUUUCCCUUUCACAUCGUUUUUGACCAAGAUCUCGUGGUGAAGCACACAGGUGUGAACAUUCAGAAGUUUGUUCCUGGACUGCAGACCGCUGGCAUCCGUCUGGAUGAGUACUUCACCAUCGUUCACCCAGAGGUCAUCUUCAACAUCCAGAGCAUCAAGAAGUUCAUCAACAGCCAGUUUGUGCUGAAAACCAGGAGGGAGAUGUUACCAGAGAUCCAGCAAAACCAGUCCAUGCUCAAACUACGAGGGCAAAUGAUGUGGAUGGAGUCUCUGAACUCCAUGAUCUAUCUGUGCUCUCCUAAACUACGGAGCCUCCAGGAGCUAGAGGAGAGGGGGCUCCACCUGGCCGACAUCGCCCCGCACGACACCACGCGAGAUUUAAUCCUUCUCAACCAGCAGAGGUUGGCCGAGAUCGAGCUCUCCAAUCAGCUGGAAAGGAAGAAGGAGGAGUUGCGGAUCCUCUCACGGAACUUGGAGAUUGAGAAACAGAAAUCGGAAAAGCUUCUUUAUGCCAUGCUGCCAACACAUGUUGCCAACCGGCUUAAAGAGGGCAAAAGAGUAGAGGCAGGUGAGUUCAAAGUGUGCACUAUCCUGUUCAGUGAUGUGGUCACAUUCACUAACAUCUGUGCAGCUUGCGAACCCAUUCAGAUAGUCAACAUGCUCAAUGCCAUGUACUCCAGAUUUGAUCGUCUCACAAACAUCCAUGACGUCUAUAAGGUGGAGACCAUAGGCGAUGCUUACAUGGUGGUUGGCGGUGUGCCCAUUCCUACAGAAACACAUGCAGAGCAGGUGGCAAACUUUGCCCUCGGUAUGAGAAUUGCUGCGAGGGAAGUGACUAACCCUAUCACAGGACAACCAAUACAGAUUAGAGUUGGUCUGCACACUGGUCCAGUUUUGGCCGGUGUGGUAGGUGAGAAGAUGCCACGGUACUGUCUGUUUGGAGACACAGUUAAUACAGCUUCUAGGAUGGAGAGCCACGGAGCCCCAGAUCACAUUCACGUGAGCCCUUUCACUUACAGUGUCUUGAAGGACAAAGGGAUCUUUGAGAUCAGAGAGAGGGGUGAGAUUGAGGUGAAAGGCAAAGGGCUGAUGAAAACAUAUUUCCUGUUGGAGAACCUGCAUAUGAGUGAUGACCAGAUCAUGGGCCGAGUCGAUGGAGAGACACGUGUGUACCAGGAUGGCCUGGAGAAUGGGAUUGAAAAUUUGAAGGAGAUAAGCCCUGAAGAGACAAAUGGUGCGCAGAAAGAGGAGAAAGAGGUUAUGAACGGGAACAAUAACACAUCACCAUCUCUCCACCCAGGAAACAUCUCUCCCAAUAGUUUAAUUAAGUUUGAUGUCACUCCAGCGUAUGACAGUCACAGUGACUUAAAACAUCUACACAACGGCCUUCAUUCAGAGAGCCUCAGUACUAAGUUCUGCUCUAUACUUUAGAAAGACAUCUCUGAAGUCAAGUUUUUUUUUUUCUUUUUAAAAAAGAACGAAUUUCUAUCCUACUUUA